GCUUAUUGUCGGCAUAGCAGGCAAAGUGAAGUAAAGAGGAUUUCAGUUGCCGAAAGAUUCUCCGUGAUAAAUUGUCAUUCUUUAAGUCGUGGCCGAUGUUACCGCUUUCGGAAUAAGGUUCAGCUCGUGAAAUUGCAACUGCCAUUUCGUUAUCCUAUACAGUUUUGUCAACUCGACUAAAACUAAAGCUAGAUUUGCGAUGAAUUUUGUUGACACGCUGCGAGAUUUCCAAGUACUAGGCAGCAAGGAUCAAGUGAAAUGUGCAUUGGGCGCCCGAGUGUUUUUGGACUUGCAAUGUGAUAGGCGGGUAACGAAUUUGGAAAAAUGCUACAAUUCCGACUUGAAUUUGGUUUAUUUACAAGGGCAACGUGACGACGCUUUCGUAGCAUUUAUUCCUGUGCUGUCAAGUCAACCGUUAAAUCUACUCGAUAUUGAAAAUAUUCAGAAAUGUCUGACAAAAUGCACAUGCAUUUCACUUGCCAUUUGCGAUACAUCAUCAAAUAUUUUGUAUUACCAAAUAUCUUCGGGCAUAAUCAAAAAAUAGAAUAACACACAUCCACGUCCAGUUGAUGUGCAAAUGAUAAGAAAACCAUUAACGGUAACUUCUUGGCUAGAUAUGUGUGUAUGCAGAUCCGUAGCAGAAAAGCGGACCUCGGAGAUGAUUAUAAUGAUUUGUUGUUCACAAAUCUGCAUAGAAUUGUAGCUAAAAACUCCGAACCCGAGAGGAAUUGUUCCCGAUAUCCCACCUUCAUCCUAGUUAAAACAAAAUUUUCAUUGAUAUGUAUUUUAUAAUAAAAAACGUAUUAUUUUUGGUGUUAAAAUGAA